AAUACCCUCGUGCGCGGGUUCUCUCGCAAGCUAAAAGGUUUUCUCGCUGGGCUUGAUUCAAUCUUUCAUCAGGCAUGGCGGUUCUUGCUCUUCCAUUGGUGACUGCGAUUUUUAGACCUCGUAAUCGCCGUUUCUCUUUUUUCAUCGCCGCCGUGCCGUCCGCGCAUCUCCUCCCAUGCCGGCGUUUUUUCUCCCGGAAUCACUCUAUCUCGGCUCUGAACACCCAUUCAGCGUCCCACAAGAACUCAGCUGGCCCCGGUUCUGAGAAUCAAAAGAAGUCACACGUCCCCACUUUUCAACAAGCCAUUCAGCGCCUCCAGGAGUAUUGGGCUUCUCUAGGAUGUGCUGUGAUGCAAUGCAGCAAUACUGAGGUUGGAGCAGGGACAAUGAAUCCUCUGACAUUUUUGAGGGUCCUUGGUCCAGAACCAUGGAAUGUUGCUUAUGUGGAGCCUAGCAUUCGGCCGGAUGAUAGCCGUUAUGGUGAAAAUCCUAAUAGGCUUCAAAGGCACACUCAGUUUCAGGUUAUAUUGAAGCCUGAUCCUGGAAAUCCGCAGGACCUUUUUAUACAGAGUUUGUCAGCUCUAGGAAUAAAUGUUAAUGAGCACGACAUUCGCUUUGUUGAGGACAAUUGGGAGAGCCCGGUAAGUUAGUCUCUUCAUGCACAUGUCCUGUAAGAUGUAUGUUUGCAUGAAUGCCAAUUACAAGUACAUUUCAUCAUUUUUAUGUAAUGGACUGCUCAUCCAUUUUCUGAUUUAGUAUAGCUGACGCUGAACAGUUCAAAGCCCUCUUCAUACUUCACAUUCACCAGUUUUAGUUGGUUUGCUUAUUUCCAGAAAUUUGAGUUGAAUGUAACUGAAUUAUUAUAAUAUUAUCACUUGGUACAUUACAAACUGUUAAUUAUAAUGCAUUGCUGGCUGUCUUCUAUUUGAUUUGGUGUACUGCUAGGUGCUUGGUGCCUGGGGGUUGGGUUGGGAAGUCUGGAUGGAUGGGAUGGAAAUUACUCAAUUCACCUACUUUCAGCAGGCUGGAAGUAUUCAGUUGAAGCCAGUAUCUAUUGAAAUUACUUAUGGCCUUGAGCGUAUUCUUAUGUCACUUCAGGGAGUUGAUCAUUUCAAAGAUAUUCAGUAUGCUGAUGGGAUAACAUAUGGAGAAGUUUUCCUGGAAAAUGAGAAGGAAAUGAGUGCAUACUAUCUGGAGCAUGCUACUGUGGAUCAUAUUCAAAAGCAUUUUGAUUUAUUUGAAGCAGAAGCUCGAUGCUUGCUUGAUUUAGGCCUUCCCAUACCUGCGUAUGAUCAGGUAUUAAAGACAUCCCAUGCUUUUAAUGUACUCGACUCUAGAGGUUUUGUUGGAGUUACAGAACGUGCUCGAUAUUUUGGCAGGAUGCGUAGUUUAGCUCGGUAUUGUGCACAACUUUGGUUAAAGACAAGGGAGAGUCUUGGCUACCCACUUGGUGCGAUAUCUUACCCAAAGCAUCUUAUUAUUCCAAGAGAACCCCUGAAGGAAGCAGGACAGGUGCCUAAUGAGAAACGCUUCUUUGUUCUUGAGAUUGGGACAGAAGAGCUGCCCCCUAAUGAUUUAGUUGAUGCUUGCAAGCAACUCAAAGAUCUAGUCAUUCAGUUAUUGGAUAAACAUAGAUUGACUCAUGGCGAAGUGCAAACAUAUAGCACACCACGUAGACUUGUGGUUGGUGUCCAAAACAUGAAUUCUAAGCAAGAAGAGGUUGAGACUGAGGUUCGGGGACCUCCAGUUUCCAGGGCAUUUGAUAACCAAGGAAAUCCGACAAAGGCUGCUGAAGGUUUUUGCCGUAGUAACAAUGUCCCCAUAGAGUCCAUGUACAAACGACGUGAAGGUAAAACAGAAUACAUCUAUGUUCGUGUAGUGGAGAAUGCUCGGCUUGCUCUAGAGGUUCUAUCUGAAGAGCUACCGGGAGCAAUAGCGAGGAUAUCAUUCCCAAAGAUGAUGCAUUGGAACUCUGAUGCUCUCUUUAGCAGGCCUAUCCGUUGGAUUUUGGCCCUUCACGGAGGUGUUCUAGUUCCCCUUACAUUUGCUGGUAUUGUGAGUGGAAAUGUGUCUCACGUUCUGCGUAAUACUGCAUCAGCUACUGUAAAGGUUGUAGAUGCAGAAUCUUAUGUUGAUGUGAUGGAACAUGCCGGUAUUUUUGUUGAUGUUGAGCAACGCAAGAAUUUUAUAAUGGAGCAGUCUAAUGUUCUUGCGAGGAGUGUAAAUGGUUUUCCUAUUAUGCAGACUGAUUUACUUGAUGAGGUUGUAAAUCUUGUUGAGGCACCUGCACCAGUACUUGGAAAAUUUAAGGACACUUUCCUAGAACUUCCAAAAGAACUACUGAUGAUGGUCAUGCAGAAACACCAGAAAUACUUUGCAAUGACUAAUGAGAAUGGGGAUCUGUUGCCUUACUUCAUUGCAGUUGCAAAUGGUGCGAUUAAUGAAAUGGCAGUGAGGAAAGGAAAUGAAGCUGUACUCAGAGCUCGGUUUGAAGAUGCAAAGUUUUUCUACAAGUUGGAUACGAGUAAAAAGUUUUCUGAAUUCCGAACUCAACUAAAUGGGAUACUUUUCCAUGAAAAACUAGGAACAAUGCUAGAUAAGAUGAUGCGUGUUGAGCAAAUGGUUGGUGAAGUUAGCUUGUCUCUGGAUGUAAAUGAAGAAACUCUCAAAGUUAUCCAAGAUGCAGCAUCAUUGGCCAUGUCAGAUCUCGCUACAGCAGUUGUUACUGAGUUCACUUCCCUCUCAGGGACAAUGUCGCGUCACUAUGCUCUUAGAGAUGGCUAUCCAGAGCAGGUUGCAGAAGCGUUAUUUGAGAUUACACUUCCACGGUUUUCAGGAGAUGUAACCCCGAAAACUGUUCCCGGGACAGUAUUAGCAAUUGCUGACAGGUUGGACAGCCUUGUUGGCUUGUUUGCUGCUGGUUGUCAACAAAGCUCCACUAAUGAUCCCUUUGGCUUGCGCAGGAUUGCUUAUGGUCUUGUGCAACUUUUGGUUGAAACUGACAAAAAAGUGGAUUUAAGACAAUCUUUGCAACUUGCUGCUGCUGGUCAGCCUAUAAAAGUACAUGCGAGGACAGUUGAUGAUGUGCAUCAGUUUGUGACCCGAAGAUUAGAACAAUAUCUGAUGGAUAAAGGUAUAGGCCCUGAAAUAGUUAGAUCUGUUCUUGUGGAGCGUGCAAACUGGCCUCAUUUGGCAACCAAGUCUGCACAAAAAAUGCAACACUUGUCAAAAGGUGAACUUGUGGCCAGGGUUGUGGAAGUAUAUUCUCGUCCAACGAGAAUUGUGCGUGGCAAGGAUGUGAAUGCUGAUGGGGAGGUGGACGAAACAUCUUUUGAAACAAAUGAAGAACAUCUCCUAUGGAACACUUUCUUGUCAUUAAGAAGCAUUAUUCAUCCUGAUAUGGAAGUGGAUCAAUUUUUUGAAGCAUCUCUCGAACUCGUAGAACCCCUUGACAUUUUCUUCAAUCACGUAUUUGUAAUGGUGGAAGACGAAAGAAUCAGAAACAAUAGGCUUGUCAUGCUCAAGAAGAUUGCAUGCCUACCACUCGGAAUUGUAGACCUGUCUGUCUUACCCGGAUUUUGAUUGCUUAAUAAACCCUAAAUGGUGCAUGAAGGGACCAUGCUACAGUCACACCACGGAUGACACCGCCACAAAAAAUGAUUGUCUCUACAUUUCACAAGGUUCAAGUAGAGCAUUUUCCUACGUGAAAUUAGCAGACAUUUUUCAUGGAGAAAAUUGUUCUCCUUAAAAGCUACGUGAAGCCAUUGGUAUUUACACAGUUUUGUGUGCAUGGGUUACAUCCCUUUGUUCUCUUUAACAGUUUAACUUGUUCAUGGUUACUAUUUAAAAAUAGAGAGUUGUAUAUUGGCACAUUUCAAUUCUGUGUGUUCUGGUUGAGUUGUUUGACAAACCAACGAGAUUUGGGUUAGUUCAGGUUCUGCUUUUGAGCUGGUAUCAAAAUUAGAACUAGGAUUGCUAUGUUGAAGAACCUGAUCCGAAAUCAAAAUCUGUUGGUGUG